CAGAUCACACCGUUUGACCUACAGUUUAUUCACACUCACUGCACAGUUUCUCUACAGAACAACAGCUGCAUUCAACAUUUCAAGAGUGUCAGGACCUGAUCAUUGUCAUAUUCCUCUUGUGAAACUGUUAGGAGAUCUGCUGAAGAAAAUGUUUAUUUUCUACUUUUUGUUCUCAUGGAAUCUGGCUGCGUCUCCAUCUGUUAUUGCUCUAGCUGAAGCUGAAAUGAAGAGUGUGUCAGUGAUGGAGGGAGAUUCUGUCACUCUGAACCCUGAUCUUUCUAAAAUACAAGGAAUGGUCCUGCUACUGUGGAGGUUUGGAGAGAAAGGUUCCACCAUUGCUCAGAUUGAUGGAAAGUAUAUCUUAUAUGAAGAUUAUGAGGUAUUUAGAGGCAGACUGCAGCUGGAUCAGACUGGAUCUCUCACCAUCACAAACGUCAGAACUAAUCACUCUGGACUUUAUAAAGCAGAAGUCAGCCACAACAGUGGGACCUCAUAUAUUAUGUUCAAGAUUACUGUCUAUGAGUCUCCAUCUGUUAUUGCUGCUGGUGUAACUGAAAUGAAGCUCAUGUCAGUGACGGAGGGAGAUCCUGUCACUCUUCAUGUUCCUCAAAUACAAGGAGAUGAGCUGAUAGUGUGGAGGUUUGGAGAUGAAGGAAAACUCAUAGCUAAAGCUGAUAUAGAGGCCAAGAGCUCAUCAUUAUAUGAUGAAACUGAUGAGAGAUUCAGAGACAGACUGAAGCUGGAUCAGACUGGAUCUCUGACCAUCACAAACACCAGAACCACAGACUCUGGAGAAUAUAAAGUGAAGAUCAGCAGCAACAAACAGACUUUAUACAAGAGAUUCACUGUUACUGUCAGUGGUGUGUUUGGUGCUGAUGAAGAUAAAGUGAAGUCAGUGUCAGUGAUGGAGGGAGAUUCUGUCACUCUGAACCCUGAUCUCACUCAAAUACAGGGAAUUAAUGAGAUACUGUGGAGGUUUGGAGAGAAAGGUUCCACCAUUGCUCAGAUUGAUGGAAAUGACAUCACAUAUAAAGAUGUUAAGGUAUUCAAAGGCAGACUGAAGCUGGAUCAGACUGGAUCUCUCACCAUCACAAACGUCAGAAUCAAUCACUCUGGACGUUAUAAAGCAGAAAUCAGGCACAAAACUGGAACUUCAAAUAAGAACUUCAGUGUUACUGUAAAUGAGUCUCCAUCUGUUAUUGCUGGGACUGAAACUGAAUUGAAGCUCAUGUCAGUGACGGAGGGAGAUCCUGUCACUCUUCAUGUUCCUCAAAUACAAGGAAAUGAGCUGAUAGUGUGGAGGUUUGGAGAUGAAGGAAAACUCAUAGCUAAAGCUGAUAUAGAGGCCAAGAGCUCAUCAUUAUAUGAUGAAACUGAUGAGAGAUUCAGAGACAGACUGAAGCUGGAUCAGACUGGAUCUCUGACCAUCACAAACACCAGAACCACAGACUCUGGAGAAUAUAAAGUGAAGAUCAGCAGCAACAAACAGACUUCAUACAAGAGAUUCACUGUUACUGUCACUGUACCAGAUUCAGGUCUCUCUGGAGCUGCUGUAGCAGGGAUUGUUAUAGGUCUUCUGCUGGCUGUAGCUGCUGCUGGUGUGAUUUACUACUACCGUCGCCCCAUUACCACUAAUCUACCAAACCAAACAUGGUCAGUGCCGCUGGGAGAUGAUGUGACUCUAAACCCUGAAACUGAAAUACAGACUGGAGAUGAGAUACAGUGGUGGUGUGAAGACGCUCUCAUCGCUGAAAUCAAAGGAGAGAACAGAGAGAUGAAGACAUAUGACGGUCCUGAUGAGAUAUUCAAGAACAAACUGAAGCAGAGCGAGACGACUGGAUCACUGAGCAUCAAGAACAUCUCAACUAAACACACUGGACGCUACACUCUGAAGAUCAGAAGAGGAAGAGAAACCUUAGAGAAAAGAUUCAAUGUUUAUGUCGGAGAGAGGAAGAUAACAGUGAUGGAGGGAGAUCCUGUCACUCUACACCCUGAUACUGGUAUACAGAAAAGUGAUGAGGUUCAGUGGCUGUUUGAUGAUAAAGAGCAGAUUGUCCUGACUGAAAUCAAGAACACAAAGGUGACUGAAUAUACUGGACCUGAUUGGAGAUUCAGAGACAGACUGAAGCUGAACGAGGAGAAAGGCACACUGACCAUCACAAACACCAGAACUGAACACACUGGAUUCUACACUCUGAAGAUCACAAGAGGCAAAGACAAAAUAUACAAAAGAUUCUACAUUUCUGUCAACGAGAGGAAGAUAACAGGGGUGGAGGGAGAUCCUGUCACUUUAGAGCCCGUUUAUGAAAUAAAGAAAGAUGAUUUGAUUCGGUGGCUGUUUGGAGAUAGAGAGCAGCAGACUCUCAUAACUGAAUUCAAUGUAAAGACCGGAAAGAUCUUAACAUAUGCUGAUGUUGCUGAUGGGAUAUUCAGAGACAGACUGAAGCUGGACGAGAAGACUAGAUCUCUGACCAUCAAGAACACCAGAACUGAACACUCUGGAGUCUAUAAACUAGAGAUCAUCUCCAGCAGUGGGGAUUCAGAACAGACAUUUACUGUCACUGUCAGAGAUAAAGUGGAGCAGAAAUUACUGAAAGGAGGAGAUUCUGUCACUCUGAAGCCUGAAACUGAAAUACAGAGAGAGGAUCUGAUCCUGUGGAUGUUUGGAGAUCAAGACAAGCUCAUCGCUCAGAUCAGAGGAGGAACAGUAGAUGAUGAUGUUAAUGAGAGAUUCAGAGACAGACUGAAGCUGGACGAGACUGGAUCACUGACCAUCACAAAGAUUGAAGAUGAACACAUGGGACCGUAUAAACUACAGAUCAUCAGAAACACAGGAGAGAUCUUGUACAAGAGAUUCAAGGUUUCAUUACCACCGAGGAUUGUGGAAGUGACUGAGGGAGAACCUGUCCAUCUAAAGACUGAUCUUACUGAAAUACAGAGAGAUGAGGAGAUAGAGUGGAGGUUUGGAGAUGAAAACUCUCUCAUCGCUGAAAUCAAAGGAGGGACUGUAGAGACACAUGAUGUUCCUGAUGAGAGAUUCAGAGACAGACUGGAGCUGGACGAGAAGACUGGAAAUCUGAUCAUCAAGAACUGUGCAUAUGAACAUGAUGGACGUUAUAAACUGAAGAUACGCAGCAGUAAAGGAAACACAAACAGGACAUACAUUGUUAAAAUCAGAGUGAGGGAUGUGACAGUGACUGAGGGAGAAUCUGUCCAUCUAAAGACUGAUCUUACUGAAAUACAGAGAGAUGAGGAGAUAGAGUGGAGGUUUGUAGAUAAAAACUCUCUCAUCGCUGAAAUCAAAGGAGGGACUGGAGAGACACAUGAUGUUCCUGAUAAGAGAUUCAGAGACAGACUGGAGCUGAACGAGAAGACUGGAGAUCUGAUCAUCAAGAACUCUAGAGAUGAACAUGAUGGAUAUUAUAAACUGAAGAUACGCAGCAGUAAAGGAAACACAAACUGGACAUACAAUGUUAAAAUCAAAGAAGCGAGGACAGAAUCAUCGAUGAAGGAAAAGACUGAUUCCAGAAGAAACCGAAUGAAUGAAUCAGUGAGUGUAGUGAUGCCGCUGUUGAAUGGAGGAUGUGGAUGUAGAGAAUGAGGAGCGGACGAGUUCACUUUAACAACAUAAGACCCGCCCACAAGUGUCAAUCACUCUGACAUCAUCAUCAUUCAGCUCCAGCUUCAACACAAACAUGUUUCUGAUUUAUGAUCCUCUAGAAUCCGUCCAGUGAAAGUCAGAUAUAAAACUGUGUGUUGAGCUGGUAAACUUGCAUGUUAAAAACUUCUUUAGUUUUAGAUGAACAGAGAAACAUGUUUGAGAUUUUAAUAAUAUUACACUUCAUUCUUUUACUCUAUUUAGCCUGAUACUAGUUUGACUCACAGCUUUGAUUUUGUGUGAUUGUAGACAGUGAGUUUAUUCUGUUUUAAAUAAUAAACACAGUGAGUGUCAGAAAGUGUCAUAUUUUUUAUAAGUUGUUUUACCACAGCAGUAUCUCUAAUCGUUUUGUUCUCUGUUUUAUAUGAUAAACACCAGAAAAGAUCCAGAUUUAUGAUGUUCAGCGUUGAUUACAGUCUGUUUCCAAGCUGAGAUCACAAAAUCUUCUUUUUCUUCAUGUUCAUAGUGCCUUUGUGUUCAUACUGAAGUAUUUGAAAUGAUCCUUAUUGUACUUGUAGCAAAAAAAGAUGAAAUAAAAAUGCUUUUAUUCAGUUCUAGCAGUGAUAUAAUACAUGCGUUAUCUUUGUGUUGUUUUAUUAAAUCUGACAACAGCAUCUGUUUGAUGAAUAAUACUCAUGUAAGAUAUUAUGCCACUGAUCGUAUACCCAAUGUUUUUUGUCCUUUAGUGGACAAACACUGAUAACGCUUUUGCUUCCUAACAACUGUUACUAUAUAUAUAUAUACACACUUGUACAUUUGAAUGUGAGUGUUGCAAUAUUAAUAAAUAAUUAAAGGGCAAAA